AAUUGUUUCAGUUGGGUGCAAGAGAAUUAAGGCGUCAUCAUUGCCAUUACAUCAGUUUUCUUAGGAUGCUUUACUGUGCACACUAUAAUCAUAUUGUGCUUAAAUAAGGGUCAUCCUAAAGUUUCCAGGUUCAUUUCUAACAAACACAUUCAAUUCUUGAUGACACUGAUCCUCUUCAUGUUGUUUAUUGCGUGUGGAACUCUGUUGACAACCUUUGCAAUUAUUUUAAAUGGUGCGUAUUGGACUUGUGCCAACUCUCGUUUGCAAUACUUUGUGUGACAUUGUUUUUAAUACAGAUGUGUGUUUAUUGAAUGAAGAAGUUCCCAACAAAUUGCUUGAUGCAAUGUUAGUACUUUCAUGUGUUGGGAUAGGAAUCCUUCUCCUCUAUUGGGUCUUCAGACAAUAUAAAAUAUAUAAGCAGCAUACUAAAGGAACCAAAAACAAGCUUGAAAACACGACGUCUCAUUGCGACUAUGCUCUUCGUCCGAACACCUCUUCACAAAGAGCUCAAUAUAACGCUCAAGAGUCACCUGAGAAGACACCUGAUUCUCAAGAGUGCCAACAAUUGCAUCCCGAAGGUGUUAACGAAAUGGUUCCAAUGCAGAAUAAGCCUUUGAAUGGCAGCCAGCUAAUGAUGACACCUAGUAGGAAAUGUCCACCCUCUACACUUCCCAAACAAAGAAAGUCAGGUCAGCAUUCCAACACUGUUUUGUACGAUGAGGUUGGUUUAGCAAAAGUCAAAGGCAAUGUCUCGGAUAUGACAGAAUUCGAGUUGAAAGCUAACGAGUCUUACGGGCACACAGACAAGAGGUUUUCAACUGCCAAGAGCAACGUGACUGAUUGUCCAUUAUGUUCAACACCAGCCAGCAAAAUCCAGCAAGAUUUGUCAUUACGUCACCAGUACAGUGACAUCAAUGCGAAACCGAAGAGUGAGCAUCCUGAGCUGAAUGCUAUUGAGCAGGAGCAGAUAGAGUUGAAGUAUAAUCAGUCGUAUUGUCAGCUAACAAGUGCUGUCGGUCAGAUAGGAGGAUGUGAACCACUGCACGAGUACGACUAUAUAUACGUGGACUCCUAAUAACGAGGGAU